AUGAUCGACUUGGAAAAAAAAGGAGGAUCAAGCAGUAGAUCAGACAGAUCCGACCAGAGAGCAGAAACAUCCGUCGAUAUGGUCGAGGUCCAAAGGAUGAUCGAUUCGGCUUUGAAAAAGGGGCCGAAGUUCCCAAAAUUCAUCCAUCCAUACCCAGCUUAUGUAGAAAAGUUUGAAUAUCCUAAAGGCUUUAAAAUCCCAGACUUCAACCUUUUUGCUGGAGAAUCGUCCCUAUCCUCGUUAGAACAUGUGGCUCAAUUCAUUGCGCAAUGUGAGGAUGCUAAUAGUGACUUCCAUAAACUGCGACUAUUCAACUUUUUGUUGACGGGCUCAACAUUUGCAUGGUACAUCAACCUAUCACCUAACUCCAUCCAAAGUUGGGAGGAACUAGUCAAAAAAUUCCAUGAGCAAUUUUAUCUGUUGGGAAUGGAAAUGUCAAUUUCUUCAUUGGCCAAGAUGACUCAAGCAUCUGACGAGUCACCGAUGGAUUAUCUUACAAGGUUUAAAUCGGCCAGAAACUGGUGUCGAGUACCUCUCCCUGAAGUCAAAUUUGUCAGGCUUGCUUUGAAUGGGCUAGAUGUGGAAUACAAAAAGAAAUUCCUAAGGGUAAAUUUUCGAGAUAUGUAUGAGCUGGCUCAGCACGUCGAACAAUAUGAUUAUUUGCUCCGAGAAGAAAAGAUUUCGAAGUCUUUAUCUCGAGGGACGAUCUAUAAGAACCAUGCAGUUAGUUAUGUAUCGGUCGAAGUUGAAGAACCCCAAUGUGUCAACAUAGACAUGGCCGAGAUAGUGAUUGAUAAACCUUAUGUAUGCAAGGCAUUGGUACACGCCAACUCCAAAGAUGUCAAAACCUGCUCGGCCAGUGUAGAAGUGGCCGUCAAAACAUUGAAGGUCUACACCUUUGACAUAACUAAGGCUGACGCCAUCUUCGACCAGUUACUGAUAGCGAAAAUUGUCAAGCUUCGACCGGGACAUAAUAUUCCCAAGGCCGAUGACUUAAAAGGGAAACAUUAUUGCAAAUACCAUAACUCGGACAAGCAUGCAACGAACAACUGUGUUGUGUUUUGA